AUGCAUGAAUAUGAUAGAGCUUUAACUAAUUUACGAAAAGCACUUGAUAUGCGUUUAAAAUUAUUAUCUGAUACUCAUAUUGAUGUUGCAAGAAGUUAUGCAAAUAUUGGAACUGUUUAUGCUAAAAUACAAGAAUAUCGAAUGGCUUUAGAAUAUUUUAAUAAAGCAUCCCUUUUAUUUGAAAAACAACAACAAAUGCCACAAGAAGAUAUUGAACAACUUAAUAGAAAUAUUAAAAUUGUGAAUGAUAAACUUAGGUAA